AUGGUCCUCCCAGUCGUCGAGUUCGUCUUCUUCAAACUUCGAUCCUCUGUUAAGCCAGAAGACCCCUCAAAUGAGGAAGGCGAAGCCCUGUCCAAGAUUCUCACUGCCACGAAACAACAAAGCGGGUACCAGAGUUCGGCUUGGGGCAGAGCCGUGGAGGAUGAAAACCCCGUGGUCUGGGUGAUCGUCUGGGACGAUGAGCACGAUAAAUGCCAGUGGGAUUGCCUCGCCCCGUUCCUCGAACCGAAGUCCGAGGUCAUCAAGGUCUAUUCAACGCUCAACCCGCCUGUCUCGGCGACGGAGACCUUCACGACGAACCCGAUAACAGAAGUCGUUACUCUGGCCUUCCCAAGUUCGCUCAAGCCGGAGGAGCACAAGAAGCUCGAUGAAGAUCUGAUCAACUUCCGCUUGACGCUUACGGAGAAACUGCCCGAGCAAUUGCGGCCCAAGUCAUGGACGAUGGGCCAAAUACAGCGACCGGGCACGCUCCAGCAUGCGAAGAGUCCCUCAGGACAGGCGUUUGUGUAUGUUGCUGCGGUGGGGUGGGAGAGCGUAGAGACUCACAUGGCGGCUCGAGAAACAAAGGAGUUCGCAGAGUCUAUCCAGCCGAUUCGCGAGAAGAUGAUUCCUCCCAUGCAGGGGUUGAACAUGAAGCAUGUAAGCUUUAGAAAGAUCUGA